UUAACAAAAUGUCGGACGAAGAAUUCAUGUGCGAGGAUGAAGAAUAUGAUUUGGAAUACUCAGAGGAGAGUAAUUCUGAACCAGACGUAGAUUUAGAGAAUCAGUACUACAACUCAAAAGCUCUCAAAGAUGAUGAUCCAAAAGCAGCUCUUGAAAGUUUUCAAAAGGUGUUAGAGUUGGAAGCUAAAGAGAAGGGAGAAUGGGGAUUUAAAGCAUUGAAACAGAUGAUCAAGAUAAACUUUAAAUUGAAUAAUUAUGAUGAAAUGAUGGCGAGAUAUAAACAGUUAUUAUUGUAUAUAAAAUCAGCGGUGACGAGAAAUUACUCGGAAAAAUCUAUCAACUCUAUUCUAGAUUAUAUAUCGACUUCUAAACAGAUGGAAUUAUUACAGAAUUUUUAUGAGACAACGUUAGAUGCUUUGAAAGAAGCUAAAAAUGAAAGAUUAUGGUUUAAAACUAACACAAAACUUGGUAAAUUAUAUUAUGACCGUGGUGACUAUACCAAAUUACAGAAAAUAUUAAAACAACUUCACCAAUCCUGUCAGACAGAUGAAGGAGAAGAUGAUCUGAAGAAAGGAACACAACUUUUAGAAAUAUACGCUUUAGAAAUCCAGAUGUAUACAGCACAGAAAAAUAACAAAAAGUUGAAGGCUUUAUAUGAACAGUCUCUGUAUAUUAAAUCAGCUAUUCCACAUCCGUUGAUCAUGGGUGUUAUAAGAGAGUGUGGUGGAAAAAUGCAUUUGCGAGAAGGAGAGUAUGAAAAAGCGCAUACUGAUUUCUUUGAAGCAUUUAAAAAUUACGAUGAAUCAGGAAGCCCCAGGAGAACAACAUGUUUGAAAUAUUUAGUAUUAGCCAACAUGCUAAUGAAAUCUGGUAUAAAUCCAUUUGAUUCUCAAGAAACAAAACCGUAUAAAAAUGAUCCUGAGAUUCUGGCGAUGACAAAUCUUGUCAGUGCCUAUCAAAAUGACGAUAUAAAUGAAUUUGAAAAGAUUUUAAAAACCAACAAAAGAAAUAUUAUGGAAGAUCCUUUUAUUAGAGAACAUAUUGAAGAUUUGUUACGGAAUAUUAGAACACAAGUUCUUAUUAAACUUAUUAAGCCUUAUACACGUAUUCACAUACCAUUUAUAUCAAAGGAAUUGAAUAUUGAGGCUAUUGAAGUAGAGAAUUUACUGGUAUCUUGUAUUUUAGAUAGUACGAUAAAUGGACGAAUAGAUCAAGUGAACCAAGUUUUAGAGUUAAGUAAGGAAACAACUGGAAUAGAUCGUUAUAAUGCUUUAGAUAAAUGGUCAAACCAAUUGAAUAAUCUGCAACUUGCAAUCAUUAGUAAAAUGUCCUAGAAAAACUUGUUCAUUUGUCUUAAAGAUACAUUAUGUAAGAUUUAGGUAAAGAGCUGUUCGUUCUUGCUAUAAUAGUUCAAAAAUAGGUAAUGAAAAAUAAAUAUAUUGAAAAUUUCAGUCAGAUUACUUUAUUCUGAGCAAAGUUAUGAGUAUUUGAAGUUUUGACAAGAAAUAACGUAGAUAAUCUCAAUUAUCUCGAACCACUGCUACGAUAAUAAACAUAGUGUUGAUUAUCCAUUUUAACAUUUAAGUUCUAAUCCAUUUAUUAUCUCAACCAUCCAAUGAUCUAGAGAGUUGAUUAUCAAUCUGGUUAAAACACAGAUCCUAUUUAGUUUCGUUUUUAUAGUUCAAAAUUUCGUUUUACUUGUCUUUACUACACUUGGAUCUGAAAGACUUGUUAUUUAACUCAUGUUCUGCUUGAAAUGAGGGGUCAGCCAAUCAAAUGGUCUGCCGAAUCGAGUGUUUGACCUUUUUUGCCCGGAACUGUGGGUAAUUCACUAGUAACAUCAGUGCUGAUUGAUUAAUCAAAUGUCUGACGUCAUAGGUCAAAAGUCGGUCUUUUGACCCCUGACGUGACCUAUCGCUAUAACUUGUCAGAUCUUCAUGUAGUGUAGGCCAUCGAAAGUAUAAAAAAACGAAACGAAAUAUAGAUCUGUAUUUUAAUCAGAUUGGCUUGUCAGGACAAUAAAUCAAAUCUUUAAAUAAUAGUUUAUAUAACUUUAGAAGCCAGAAUAAAGACCUGCCGUAGGCAGAUUUAGUUCUUACAUAAUGUGUCUUUAAACUAUCAGUGCUAUGAAUCAUGCCACUUAAAAUAUUGACAGUGCUUUACCAAUUAAUUAGCACUUGGACAGCCUGUAAGUAGAGCUCCUUAGACUGCCCUCAAACCACCUGUGUCUUGUCAAUUUAUGUGCUGCCCCUAAAAAAAUAGUAUAGGAUCAUUUAAUACAGACAAGAGUGUUAUUUACAUAUUUCAAGUGGUUUGAGUUGAUCUAAGUAACCAUGGUUACAGGCUAUCCAGGUAUGUUCCAUCAUUUACUGUAAUUGUCUUCAAGAUCUAACAGGCUGUCCAGGGAUGUUCCAUCAUUUACUGUAAUUGUCUUCAAGAAACUGAUGUCUGUUUUUAAAUGUAUCAAGAUUAAACACAAGAGUUGUACGGAGGGUGGGGUGCGGGGGUGGGGGCCGAAUGAUUAACGCUUCAAAUGGCGUGGUUAUGAUUCCACAGUUGUCAAGACAAGGAGUAGGGUCGCCAGUCCAACUUUGUGGUUUUUUAUCCGGCUCCUCCGGUUUCCUCCCACUGCUGCCCCUGAAAUAAUUAUUGAAAUAAAAAUGAACAAUGUGUUAGUCCCAAAAUGUGGAUCUCCCAUUAAGAUACAGUAAAUUUUUCUCCAUACAACUAUUGUGUUUAACGUAUUUAUUUACUAAAUUUUAUUGAUAAAAACUAGAUUUCAAAUUUUAUUGUAAACAAAAUAUUCUUAAAGAUCGAUCAAUAUAAAAAAUUUGAUUUAUCCGAAAUGAUUUAUUUUCAAAUUGAUUAUCUGAGAACUGUGCAGCGUUUAUUAUUUGAAAAUAACUGGAUCCAAAAAGUAGUACCUUUUUAAUAAAAAAAAAUAGUUCCUUUUUAAUUGACCAAUCAAAUUCAUCGCUCGGUAGAUUAUAUAUUUUUGACACAAGCAAUAUUUACUGUAGAAUGUGUUAUUGGGUGAUAUAUACUAUUAUUAUCAACCCCAUCCAGCCUUGGAGUUCAAAAAAAAAAUUGUGGUCAUCUAAAAAAUUAUUGAACCUUACAAAACUGCACAUUUCUCAAAUAUAAUGUUUGAAAACUCUUAAUUCUUAACUAAUGGUAUUGGAAAUACUGGUACGUCAUCCUCAAAGGAUUAUGACAUUAUAUCUGGCCUCAAGUUCACAAAGCAUUCUCAGACUUUAAGAAUUUACUCAACUUUCAACCACUGUUUAUGAGAAAUGUCUUUGAUCUAGAAACAUACAGCUUUGCACAUAGUUUCUUAUUGAUGUAUUUGAUACAUUAAAACAACAAAAGUUUUAUAAAGGGCUAUAUUUUGUUGGCCUUAGUUAAAAUUAACUCAAGUGCGAGAAUGCUUUGUGAACUUUGGGCCUGUAUUGUUAUGCCCUCACUUGACAAACCUCAGCAGAUUCCGUUACUCUACAUCUAACCUCAGCUGUAUGACGGUCAGUGAUAUGUAUCUACACCCAUACAAUUGCAAUGCGGCUACCGGUUUACUUAUAAGGAAAACUUGCCGCUUUUAGAAAGAAGUUCUCGAAAUUGCGUCGUUCGAAGAGUAUGUAGAAUUUUCAUUGCAAAGCUGUCUUUUGUUUAAAGAAAAUCGGAUAAACUUGAAAGAAAAACAGCUUCAUACUUUGAAAGCUUUGUAUGAUAAAACAUUCUUCAAAGGCGUCGUCAUGGGUGAUGCCGUUGGUAUUCCGGGAACUUGAAAGUAGUUCGUUCCAAUGGCGGACUUAGUCAUACAGCCGAGGCUAGAGGUAGGGUACUGGAAUCUGCUGAGGUUUGCUGAGUGGUUAUGUUCUGUUUAUUGUACGUAUGAAUAAAUCCAGCCCUGUAUAAGAGGUAUCCGUCAAUUAAGAGUUAUUAUUAUUAUUAUUAUUACAGCAUAUUUAUAGUGCGCCCUUUCAUAUAACAUGUUCAUGGGCACUUUACAAAGUGACAAUGUAAUCAUAAAUAAACAACAAGAUUAUGGACAUGUUAACGAUUGUAUGUUUGCGUGUAUUACUGUGUAUAUAUAAAAAUCUGAUAUACAAACAAUGUACAUAAUGUAUAUUAUUAAAAUAUCUUGUUCAGUUGUUUAUAAACAAUAUGAUUUGUAUAUAUAUUCAUCCUGAUGUUAUAUUAAAUAUAAUAAAUUACUAUCUGUUUCCAUG